CACCUCAUUUCUAUGGCAGUAGCCUUGCUACCCACCGUGUACUCUGAUAGUGAGGAUGAGUCAUCAGAGGCCAGCUCUGUGCACAGCUUGUUCACUGAGGAGUCCAUCACUGGGCAGUACAGAGUUCUGCAGCCCUUGGGGCGGGGUUUCACUAUUAAAGUGAGGCAAUCCUUCCAUCGCCUCACAAGCGCCCCUGUUGCUAUCAAAGCCCUUGUGAAACGUGAGACUCUGUGGGAGCCAAGGAUGUUGGAAGUUGAAAUCAUGAAGAUGCUCAGUCAUCCCAAUAUUGUUUCCCUGCUACAAGUAAUAGAAACGAAAGAGAAUGUUUAUCUAAUUAUGGAACUGGCCCAGGGAGAAGAGCUACUUAAUCGAGUCCGCAAGGCUGGAUAUCUGAAGGAAGUUGAAGCUAGAGGCAUAUUCAUUCAGCUGCUGAGUGCCAUACACUACUGCCAUGGUAAAGGUGUUGUGCACAGAGAUUUAAAGCCUGACAACAUCAUUGUGGAUGACCAUGGACAUGUAAAAAUUAUUGACUUUGGAUUAGGUGCCAGAUUCAUGCCUGGGCAAAAACUAAUAAGGCUGUGUGGUGCCUUACAGUUCAUCCCCCCGGAAAUUUUCUUAGGCUACCCUUACGACGGGCCAAAAGUAGACAUAUGGGCCUUGGGGGUUAUUUUGUACUAUAUGGUGUCUGGUGUUGUUCCAUUUCCAGGGAAUACACUGAGUGAACAGAAGCAAAAAGUCUUGCAAGGGAGGUAUGAAACACCUUAUCAUCUCUCUAAAAAUUUAAGGAACAUAAUUAGUUGUUUGUUGACAGUAAAUGCAAACCAGAGGCCAACUGCAAAAGACCUCCUAAGUCAUCCAUGGCUUCAGGAACAGGGAAAGACUUUUGCAUUUCAUUCCAAUGGAGACAUCAGCUUCCCAGACCCUGACAUCAUGCUGGCCAUGCAAGAUAUUGGGUUUCAUUCGCAGGACAUUAGGGAAUCAUUAAAACACAAAAAGUUUGAUGAAACUAUGGCGACUUACCACCUACUGAGAAUGCAGGCAUGUCAGGAUGAUGGCAAUUAUGUCCAAACAGAGUUAAUGAAUCCAGGAGUGACACCUUUCCCUUCAGCAGAAGACCCUGACACUUUCCCUCCGCCUCCCAGGAGAAGGGCCACUGAACCUUCCCUUAAGACAUUAGUCUCAUCUAAUGACAUACAUCCUCUCAGACAAAGAGGGGGGACAAAUGUUCCUGUUUCAUCCAAAAACACACCCACUAUGGACAGACGUUACAAACGUUCUAUGACUGCCCCUUGUAUUUACUUACGAAGAAACACUUCAAUGAGCAGAGAAGAUACCAGCUUUUCCACUAGCUCCCAGGCAGGGAAGGCCUUAAGUGACUCACAACAAAGUGGGACUUCAACUUCAAGCUCCUUGGAGCCUAGGGGCUGGGCAAAAUGGAAAAAGAGAAUAGGAGCAUGCAUGAGGACAUUGUGCUGCUGUGUGUCACCUCACAACAAGCAUCCGAGGAAAGUGUGCCCCCAAAAAUGA